AGUUGAUACGACAAAACUGAAAGUCAUGGCUGCCUCUCUGGUUCGCAUGUGCCGCGGCGUUGCCGCGCCCUUGAUGGUGACUCGUCGUUUGAUGAGCGCCAGCGCAGGCACCUUCAACAACAUCCUGGUCGAGCGCACGGGCUCGAACAACCAGGUCGGCGUCAUCACCCUCCAUCGCCCCAAAGCCCUGAAUGCGCUGUGCGAUGACCUCAUGACCGAAAUGAACACGGUUCUGGACGACUUUGAGGCCAACAGUGACGUGCGCACCAUUGUCAUCACUGGCCAUGGCAAAUCUUUUGCAGCGGGCGCCGACAUCAAGGAGAUGGCCGAUCGCGACUUCAUCGGCGUUUACUCGGGCAACUUCCUCUCCCACUGGGACCGUGUCACGCGCUGCACCAAGCCUGUCAUUGCUGCUGUCAAUGGCUUUGCAUUUGGUGGUGGUUGUGAGCUGGCCAUGAUGUGCGACAUCAUCUAUGCCAGCAGCUCGGCCAAGUUUGGCCAGCCCGAAAUCAAGCUUGGCACCAUUCCCGGUGCGGGCGGCACGCAGCGCUUGACGCGCGCCAUUGGCAAGUCCAAGGCCAUGGAACUCGUGCUCACAGGUGACCACAUUUCCGCCAGUGAAGCCGAGCGCAUCGGCCUGGUCAGCAAAGUGUUUGAGGGGGACCAACUACUGCCUGAGACCAUCAAGUUGGCAGAGCGCAUCGGUGCCUUUUCCCAGCCCGUGCUGCAGAUGGCCAAGGAAGCCGUCAACAAGUCGCAAGAGCUGAGCCUCGCUGAGGGCUUGCACCUGGAGAAGCGUCUCUUCCACUCCUCCUUUGCCACGGCCGAUCGCCGCGAGGGCAUGAAGGCCUUUGCCGAGCGUCGGGCCGCCGAGUUUAAGGACGAGUAGACCCCAUGACAUGCCCCGGUUCACUUUGCAUCAAGCAAUGGAAAUUGACUUUGAAGCAUC